AGUUGAAUAAAAUCUUGAGUAGAAUAGAUAGGGUGAAUACACAGAGUCUUUCACCCAGGGUAGGCAAAUCAAGAAUGAAUAGAUAUACAGUAGCUUUAAGGUGAAUGUAUGGAGGAAUGGUGGUGGGCGGAAUGCAAUUCCUUUCCUUUCUGUCUCAUUACUGUUUGCAAUUUUAAUCUAAAGGAUAUUAUCGUUUCUGACGAUCAGUACAAUCAAAAUGGUGCAGCCCGUGGAGUCACAGCUGAUUUGGGUUUGAUCCUGACCUCCAGUGCUGUCUGUCUAGAGUUUGGCCUGUACCUACAUGGGUUUUCGCCACGUGCUCCAGUUUUCUCCUACAUCCUCAAGACAUGCUUGACGAUAGAUUAAUUGGUUAUUAAUUGCCCAUGAUGCCUCGGUAUGAGGGAGUUAGAUGUGGCCCUUGUGGCUAAAGGGAUCAUGGGUGUAUGGAGAGAAGGUAGGUACGGGAUACUGAGUUGGAUGAUCAGCCAUGAUCAUAUUGAAUGGCGGUACUCCUGCACUUAUUUUCUAUGUUUCUAUGUUUCUAUGUAAGUGGCAAAAUCUAAGCAGAGGUGAUGGGAAUGUAGGGAGAAUAAAAUUAGAUUAAUGUAGGAUUAGUGUAGAAAGUUUGAAGAAAUUCAGCAUGUUACCAAAUAUUCUAAUAAAGUUCUAGAUGCACUUUAGAGAGUAUCCUGACUGGAACCUGUUGCAGCAAUUCCAAUGCUAGGAAUGCAAGAGGCUGCAGAGUGGUGGACUCUGCCUGGUUCAUCACGAUAUAGCCCAUCCCACUAUAGAAAGCAUCUACAUACGGCACUGCCUCAAGAAGGUGGCAUCCAUCAUUAAAGAUCCCCACCAUCCGGGUCAUACCCUUACAUCACUGCUACCAUUGGAAAUGACGCAUUAAAUCACACACCACUGGGUUCAGGAAGAAACUUUCGUACAACCAUCAGUUCUUAAACCGACCUGCACGACCAAUCCUACUCAGCAAUGGAAAGCUACAGAUCACCUCUUGCACCACCAAGGACCUGGUUUCUAAUUGUGCUUUACCCCAGCAUCUUGCUUUUUGUACGGUCAUUUGUCCUUUCGUUAUCUUGUAUAAUCUAUGUUUUAUUUCUUGUCUGAGCUGAUAUGCCUGUGUUGCUGCUGCAAGCAAGAUCCCACUGAACGUGCAUUUGCCAAUAAACUAUGCUUGACUUGAAAAUGCUACUUGACGGUUGGCAUGGAAUCAGUAGCCCGAAGGGACUGUUUCCAUUUUACAAGACUAUAACUGAGUAAAGUAUAGGCAAGGUAAUGUGAGAAUGAAAUUCAAUUGUUUGUCCAAAAAUUAAAUUAACAUGAAGAAAAAUAUCAUCCUUUCCAUUUCUUACACCUUCUCUCUCACAUUUGCCUGACACAACUGUUUCUUUGAUUUUAAACGUUGUUCCCCCCACAGCACUCUGAUCCUUCCUGGGGUUCUGAUCAGAAUGCUGGAGUGCAAACAUGAGAGGUGUUCAAGGAGCCACUUCAGCACAUUUGCUGAGUGGUCCCUUUGAGGAAUGAGUCCAUUAUGUUAUGUUUUUUUUUCAAUAUUCAGGCUGUGCAUAACUCUCCUGCAGCAGUAAUGAGAUUUUGUAUGCGGCAGAGAUGAAGUUUGAAUUUACUGGGGUGUUUUUAGUGCACUCUGAAUUUGCUCUGGUGCACCUAGAAGCAGUUUGUUUAUAUUCUGCACACUCCUUCUGGCAUUGUUUGCUGCUUCUUUUCUCUUUUGGUUUUUCUAUUCAUGUUUCUGCAGAAUUCAAGACAGCAUGUGAUGUAUACAUGUACGUGUGUGUGUGUGGGUGGGCUUUGAAUGUAUCCUGUUUAUGAAAGCACUGAGCUGAAAAGAAAAGGAGAGGGCUUGAAAUAUAGGGGCAAAAAGAGAAUAAGAAAGAAAAAAAAUAGCCUACACUAUUUAAUCAGGGAUGUGGGCGUGAAGACGACAGCUGCUCCAAAACACUUGUCGAUGAAUCGUGAUAUCCGGAGCAUUUUUCCUUCAACCUUGAUUAGUAUCCCAGCUCGCUGGGCAGAAUCACAUUCUUUGUCUCCUCUGGUUUAGGAAAUAGACAGAGAGAACAGUGCAAGGCUCACUUCUGACGCAUCGCCUACCAUACCCCAACCCCCCCACCCUCCUCACAUCGUCCAACCUCAAUAAGCAUCAUCACCAGAAUCUGCCACCAAAUACUCGGCACUGUCAGCUACAGGUGCCCGGAGGAAGGUGGUCCAGCAUAUAUAGUAUGACAGAAUUCACGUGUUGCCUGUGAUUAACCCUGGUGGACAUGAGAUAAACAGCAAGUCGCCCGGCCAACUUCUUCGAAUGGUUCUUCUGAAGCACCAGUAGAAAAGAAGGAUGAUGGGGGCACUGGCCAAAUGCAGCCCUCAGGAAGAAGAAAUGGACAAGCCAGAGAAGUCCCAGAGUACCUUGCAGCUAAGGCAGGAAAAUCGAUGGAGCUGGAUGAGGAGAGUCUGCCUGAGAGUGAGCUUCAGUGUUCUCCUCUGUGUGAUGUUCCAGAUUCUGGUCCUCUGGAUUGGAUAUUUAUGUCAAGGUCAUGGAGUGCUUGCAGCUGGACAGAAAGUCCUCAGCCUUUUGCAGUAUCUGCUGAUGCCUCCACUUGCCUUCCCAAUCAUUUCAAUGGAUACAGAGGGUGUGUUGCCUCUGCAGCAAGGACUGUGGGAUGCGGGGAGCUGUUGCCCUCUAUUGGCAACAGCUAUACUGGGGACAGUACUGACAGGGUCUGGAAUCCUCUAUUGUCUUAAAGUCGUCCGACAAUUCACAACAGAGGCAAGGCGUCAGUCAAUGAGCCGGCAGCCCUCCUUCACCUACUCUGAAUGGCCUGAAGAAAUAACCGAUGAAAUCACUGAACCAGCACUCAACGAUCCAGAUCAGGAUGACAUUGAUGGCCAAGUAUUUUACCAGUCCGAGUACCAGGAACAGACAGAGAACCAACUUCAGUCCCUUGAGAGUUCCACAGAUUCGAUGUCCGAAUCGGUGGAUCAGUUGACUCUGGCUGUUAAACCAGUGGGACUUCAGGAGAGGAGAGGUUCAAACGUAUCACUGACCCUUGACAUGUGCACACCAGGAAGUGAAGAAGCUGAUGGAGAUGUGCUGUCACCCAGGGAACAGUCAGCAAGGGAAUACUUGCAAACAGCAUCCAACCUACUCAGUGCACAAAAACUACACAAGCGAGCCAUGGAUUCCUUCGCCCUCCAGAGAGAAUUCCUUGAAAUACCAAUGAAUUUUGUUCAUCCAAAGGAAUUUGAUAUUCCAGGUUUUGGAUUGAAGAAUCGCUAUAAGACAAUACUACCAAACCCCCACAGCAGAGUGUGCCUUACCAUUAAAUCACCAGAUGAUCCCCUAAUCUCAUACAUUAAUGCUAACUACAUUAGGGGCUACGGAGGGGAGGAAAAGGUGUACAUUGCUACUCAGGGACCAAUUGCGAACACUGUGUCGGAUUUCUGGACAAUGAUUUGGCAAGAAAAGUCAACCAUUGUUGUCAUGAUCACAAACCUAGAAGAGAGGAAUGAGAAAUGUACAGUGUACUGGCCUGAGGAUCAAGCCAAUUAUCAAGGAAUUGAAGUCUUUAUCAACAACGUUCUACAUGCUGAUGAUUAUAGUUUGAGAAACAUCACCCUGAAGGAUGGGUUUGAGGAACGACAUUUAAAGCACUACUGGUACACAUCAUGGCCAGAUCAGAAGACACCAGACAAUGCUCGACCUCUUUUACAACUAGUCCAGGAGGUGGAAGAAGCUAGGAUGCAAGCAAAGAAGGACAACAGUGGACCAGUUUUAGUCCACUGCAGUGCAGGCAUUGGAAGGACAGGAUGUUUCAUUGCCACCAGCAUCUGUUACAGAGAGCUGAAGUACUCUGGUGUGGUUGAUGUGCUACGGACAACUUGUCAACUGAGGAUAGACAGGGGAGGAAUGAUCCAGACAUGUGAGCAGUACCAGUUUGUGCACCAUGCUCUAAGCCUUUGUGAGAGACAGUUAGCCCAACAAGCCGAGGAAUGAAUUACAACAAACCAGUCAUGGACCAAAGUAACAGAAAAAUCUCCUUGGUGAUUUUAUUAUCAUAAUUAUACGUUCUCAAACAGAUAACUGAUGCUGAAGUGUAUGUGUGCAUAUGUGCAUGGAUCUCAACCACUAUGUUUCAGUGUUGGUGAUCUUGAUAUGCAUCAUCCUCAUCUUUUCAUUUUUUUUUAAAGUUUUACAAUUUAUCAAUUGUGCAGGAGUUAAAAUAUCAACUACACUGGUACCUCCCUUAGCAUUCAAAAUAUGUUCCCAGGAAUGACAGAGCUAAUAGAAUUGGUUCUAAAAGUUGCCUUUAUAGCACCAUCCAUACAGAAACGUGUUAUUGAGAAUUAAAAACAAAGUGCUGGAGGAUCUUAGUGGGUCAAGCACCUGUGGAGGGAAGGGCCAGACAAGAUUUUGGGGUGGGAUCCUUCUUCAGACUGACCCCAGUCGGGGGUAGAAAACUAGAAAAGAGAGGUGGGGGUGAGGCAAGGCCUGGCAAAUGUGAUAGGUGAGAUGGGAAGAGGGAGAGUGGAAGGUGGGAGGAGUCAAUGAUAAA